CUCAUAGAGCAUUUCUCUAUUUUUUUCUCUCUCUUCAUAUUGAGGGAACGAUAUAGAGGGAGAGAGAUCUGGGGUCUGACUUCUUUUUCUCUUCUUUGUAUCUCUCAAGUUUCUUGGUCUUGAAAGAUCCCUCUAUUGUCAAACAAGGGGUCUCCUCGGAAAUAUCUGUCUCUCUCGGUUCCUUCUUCAUUUUCGCUUCCAUCUCUGGAUUCGAGAUUUUAACGCACUUUUGUGUGCUUACCUUCUGUUGAAAUAAUGGGCGUGGAAGUUGUGGAAUCUAAGUUGCCCCAUGUUUCUGGGGAAACUGCAGGUGAAGAAAACAGUUUGUUGAAGGAAAACGGGAAAAUAAGCAACGUAAUGGGGCUUAGCGAACCAAUAACAUUUGGAUCCCAUGGUAUGGAUGAACCGGUGAAAGGGGAAAAAAAUAAAGCUGCUGAAGUCAACUUCCCCAAGGAUGCAGUUGAUGAAUGGCCUGCACCUAAGCAGAUACAUUCUUUUUAUUUUGUAAGGUAUAGGUUACAUGAAGAUCAGAAACUCAAAGCCAAAUUGGAUCAGGCUGACACUGAGCUACAGAAGAAGAAUCAAGCCCGAUCCCAGCUCAUUGAAAAACUAAGGAAACUGAAGGCUGAUCGAGCACAAAAGAUUGCUUUCUUAAAGGAUUUAAAUAAAGAGAAUAAGCAGUACAGGGAGUUGAUAGAUGAGAAGAAAAAGGAAAGGGAACCCUUGCAGCAGGCUUUGGGCCAGUUACAUGGAGGCAGAGACAGGGGAUCUGGUAUAUGUUCGUCUGAGGAAGAACUUAAUCAUCGCAUCAAAAGUUUGCAGUACCACAUUCAACAUGAAAGUAUCACCCUUAAUGAGGAGAAGCAAAUCCUUCGGGAAAUUAAACAGCUUGAAGGGACAAGGGAGAAGGUUAUAGCUAAUGCUGCUUUGAGGGCAAAAAUUCAAGAGUCAAUGGGUGAAAAGGAAGCCCUUGAAGACCAGAUGAAACUUAUAAGAGUUGAUAUGGAUGGAGUGCGAAAGGACCAGCAAGUGGUUUUGGCUAAGCGUAAACAACUUGAAGAAGAGAAGGAGGCUAUUGAAAAGGGGAUCAAGUCCUUGGAGGAGGAAUUGACAGCUGUGACACAGAAAAGAGACAAAACUUUUGAAAAUAUUCAGGAAUUAAGGAAACAACGUGAAGAAGGGAACUCCGCCUUUUACCAAAAUCGUUCUCUGUUGAACAAAGCUAGAGGCCUUGCAGAAAAGAAGGAUGUUGAAGGCCUAAAGGAACUUUCAGAAACAGAGGUUGAUAAAUUUAUUUCCUCGUGGAGCGGAAGCAAGGGCUUCAGAGAAGAUUAUGAGAGGAGGAUAUUACCGUCUCUGGACGGUCGUCAAUUGAGUAGGGAUGGGCGGAUGAGAAACCCUGAUGAGAAGCCUCUAGUAGUCGUUGAGGUAGCACCUGCAGUUGUAACCGAUGUAGUACCCAAGACAAAUGUAAAACAGCCAAAAGAAGAUACCAGUACUUCAAAACUUGAUGCGACCCCUGUCCAGAAAGUUCAGAAGGAGAAGAGCACUAAGCAGGAGAAAGAUGCGGGAGAUGGAGAGGAAUUUUUUAUGCCUGAGAAGAAGCAAAACGAUCCUCCUCCAAAGGUGAAUGAAAUUGAUGAGUUGAAAUUGAAGGAAGUGAAAAGAGAGGAGGAGAUCGCAAAAGCUAAGCAGGCGAUGGAAAGGAAGAAAAAGUUGUCAGAAAAAGCGGCUGCCAAAGCUGCAAUCAAAGCACAAAAGGAAGCUGAGAAGAAAAUUAAGGAGCGUGAGAAGAGGGCAAAGAAAAAGGCCGGGGCUAACGUUGCUGCUACUGAGGAGACUGAGGAACAAACUGAAGCGCCUGCUGAGGUAGUUGAAGUGGAGAAGGGGGAGGAAACUGUUGAAACUGCGCCGGCUCUGCCCAAAAGUAAAGACCGGAAGGAGAACGCUGUUAGACACAGAAUUCGCCCCAGGGGUGCGGCGGAUUCACUGCCAAAAGCUUUUCUCAGACGCAAAAAGGCGACGAACUACUGGUUGUGGGCUGCUCCGGCUGCUGCUCUAGCGCUGCUUCUGCUGAUAGGAAUUGGAUAUAACUAUCUUCUCUAAAUUUAUCCGAGUCUUUCAGCGAAGGAAGGUUUUUGUUCGGGUGAUUCCGAGUGAUUAGGCCUGUCUGUCUGUAUUAAGUAGACAUAUAUUAUUAUCCCUUUUUGUUAUUAUUAGUUCUUCAUGUUUUUUCGUUCCUUUUCGCAUCCUGAUGGACGCAAAACUGAUAAUGGUGCUGCUAGAUCCAGCCAGCCAUCCAUUUUGUAAUGUUUAUUUGAGUUUUAACAGCUGCUUUUAAUUUUAUCGGCUAAAUUUCA